ACAAACACAUCCCAAAAGCUGCAGGUGGGACUUUUCAAUAGGGUGACGGCUCAGGUAACAGUCCAGGGCUGCUGCAACUGGAUUUCCUGCUUGGCAGAGAUGAGUGAGGACAGCAAAAGUCCAAAGGUUGAAAACAGUGUGUGCCAGGUGCCUGUGGCGGAGGGGAAGAGUGUGCAGCAGACAGUGGAUAUCCUGCACAAGAAGCUGGAGCAGCUGGGUGCUGUGAAGCAGGGCAGCUUCUGUGUAGACUGCGAGACAUAUCAUGCAACAAAUGUCAGCGGUCAGCCCUCCAAGCUCUUAUAUGUGAUGCACAACUCUGAAACACCAUUGAGCUGCAUGGCUCUGUUUGAAGGCGGACCCUGCCUGAUAGCCGACGCAAACUUUGACGUUCUCAUGGUGAAGCUAAAGAGUCACUUCCAAAAUGCCAAGGGCCACAAGGUGGAGUGUCGUGGUUCUAGAUAUCGUUACUGUGACUUCUUGAUAAAAGUUGGUACUGUGACGAUGAGCUCCAGUGCCAGAGGGAUAUCAGUGGAGGUGGAGUACUGUCCCUGUGUGGUUCCAGGGGACUGCUGGAAUCUCAUCAAGGAGUUCAUGCAGUCCUUCCUUGGCCCCAGCGUCCCUGAACUGCCGUCGGUGUUUGCUGCCAAGCCUGAAGGACUCUUCGCUCCAUCAGACUGCGUUGACACCAUGACUCAGUACCUGGAGUUGUUCAACAAACUCCGUAAACUGCAAAUCCCAGGAAGUAACGUGCGUUGAGUUGUCAGUGGCAAUGGAAAGAACUAUUUUGUUUAUGUUUGUGUUGUUGUUGCUUUACUUCUGGUCCUAUGGAGCAGCAUGUUAUCCUGGCAUUUUUCAAAGCCUGUGUUUUUUUAUUCCCAUUUGUGGAGCCUCCACAUUGCAUUACACCUCACUAUUUGAUGAAAGAAUUUUGAAUUAAAGAGACUUAAUGGAGAACAUAAGCUGUGAUUUUCCUUUUAAAAUCAUACACACAAACUUCAAAUGUCCUCUUGAUGGGGUUGUAACCUCUUCUGGAGAGACAUCUUCAGCUGGUGACUAAAGGCCUUUGUUUAAUUA